AGUUAAAAUAGAAAAUGGUUGCAAAGAAUCUACUAUAGUCGCAUAUACUGAAAUCAUUCACUAUUUGGAACGCUUAGAUCUAACAAUAAUUAAACCAGAAGUUUCUUUAGUAUCUGGUAUUAUUGAUCUUUCUAGAAAUGAAGACCUAUUUGCAAAUUUAUUAUUGUUUAGAUCUAAACAGAUUUUGAUAUAUUAUAAGUUUGACAAUAAUGAAUUUCUAGGAAAAAUAAAAUUCAUAGUAAAUGAUUUUGUAAACAUGUAUAAGGAUCUAAGACCUGACUUUGAUCCAGUAUUAAUGUGA